AUGGCCUGUGAUUACCGAAAGAACAACGUGCUUCAACCCGUCCCUCCACGCAGCGCCGCGCCCCCCUCUCUCUCCUCUGGUCUUCUCUUCCCUCCCAUCCGGCUGCAGGGACAGGCCUGCCUCGUCCUGUCGGAUGCUUCGUUUCCCCAUCCCACUCACCGAUCUGCAUGUCACGUUGAACCACAUGCUGACUGGUUCAGCGAAGGUGUAGAGAGGAAAGGAAACACCAACCAAGAAGGGGCUAAUUCUGAAGCGCAAAAAGCAGGGUUUGAUGAUACGGAGGGCGGUAAUGGGCCGUGGAGUCUUUUCCCGCCCGGUUCCUACAAGAAAUGCCCUAGUCCUGCGACUAGUCGCCUAGUCUUGCUAGUCUACGGACCUGACGGAGGAGGCUGCGACGAAGAGAGUCCACCCGUGCUGGCUCUGGGCUUCAGUUCAGGGCUUCCCUCCUUUUUUCUCUUUUCCCACCCCUCUUGCCAUUUUUUCUCUGUCGAUUUUUGUAUUUCCCCUGCUUGCUUUUUCCUUUUCGGUUGUGACCUUGUUGGUCUCCCUUGCAGAAGACUGACUCCACUGCUACACACACUAACGGACUCGUACAUCGUAUGGGAACCUCCAUCUGAACCAGUCAUGUUGCCUGCCAAGCCCACUUCGGGCUUCCGGCGACCUUCUAGAAAGAGCUCGGAAGGGCAAUGGAAGGCUUCUAAAGCGUCUUUUUCCCCUCUCCUCUCCCCUUCCAACCCCCCAUGUGCCAUUGCGGCUGCGUCACCCACCUUGGGCCGAUGGUGGCCCUUGUCUCUCCCUUCUGGCGCUCGUGUCACAUCCCUGAGUGGAAGAUCCCACGACAACGCACAGCGGACUUGUUCAUAA